AUGGACCAAAGCGAGGGGGAGACAGAGAGCGACAGCUCCACCUCUACCUCCGAGAGCAGCGAUGACUUGCCCCCUCUUCCGUAUAGCGAGGAGGAAGAAAGGAAAAGUGGAAUGAGAAGGACGAUCCCUUCAGCAUCUACGUCUCCUCCGAGGGCCAAGGAGGGAGAAGUUGGGAAAUCGUUUGAGAAGAAUCUCAAACGGGCUAGAGAGGAGGCCCCAGCCGUUCUCAAUAAAAUAAAAAAGUCCGCCUCUGCAUCAACUCCUGGCGCCUCAGCCGGGGCUAAGACGAUGUGGGUUGCGGGGCGACUCGAGAAGGCAUCUAAAAUCCAGGAGCUGGAGCUAGAUCUGAAGGCAGCCGACCAGCGGGCAACGGAUGCUGAGACGGCCAAGAAGGGGGCGGAGGAGGCCCAGAAGAAGGCAGACGAGAGCGCCAAGCAGGCUGAUGAGGCGCUCAAGAAGGCCCAGGCGAACCUUGGCAAACUUAAAGCCAAGGUUGAGAGGCUGGAGAAGGAUGCUGCUCAAGCUCAUAAAAACUUUGUAACAACCCUGGAGGCGGAGCAAAACCGCCUUGUUGCUGAGAGUGAUGUUGACAACAACGCCCGUAUGAAGAUUGCUUGGGCUUCCUUGUACCCAGAAGCUGAUUAUAGCAUCUGGGCAAUGGCACACAGCUAA